UCAAUGCGCUUUACAUUUCUGCCACGUAAAGACCCCCCAGUGAGUAAGCCAAAGGCAACGGUGGCAAGGAAAAACUCCCUAAGAGGAAGAAACCUUGGGAGGAACCAGACCCAAAGGGGGGGCCCAUCCUCCAGGGGCCGGCAGAAGAGUCAAACAAAACAAGAUUAUAUAAUUUAAGCUAAUACAGGGGUUGAAAUUUCAGUCUCGAUGCAGGGGCAGACCUACAUCUACAGGAUGGGACCUACAUCUACAUGGGAUCUACAGGAUGUUGGGCGUUGUUUUAGUUUUACUCUUGCCUAACAACUGCGAUGUUGCUACAUUGUGGAUUAAGAUAGUCACAUAGUUAUUUAAUGGUUGAAGCUGACACUGCGUUCGUGCUCAAAAGUUUGAUCAUACUGUAAAGAAAUUCACUUUACAUUUCAACUUUACAUUUCACUUCACUUUACAUUACAGCUCUUUGCCCUGAUAAUAUCUGGCGGAGGUGACUUGCUAACUCCUAUUUACAGUUAGCUUAUCGUGCAGCACCAUAAAAGAAGAAGUAAACAGAUAAAAAAAAUCAAGAGGUCUAACAACUAAGGAACAAAACGACACAUUCAGAUUAUCAGGACGUAAGUGGCAAGUGUAGCUGGACUGAUGCAGAGGAGAUGAAUCACCAAGAGACCAUCGAGAUGAACCAGUAUGAAAGCACCCUUCCAGCUCAAGACGUCUACGAGACUCUGCACUACAAGCCGGCAGAGACUCGCUACACAUCUGUGGGGGUCCAACAAAGUCCUGACAGAAAGAAGCUGGUCUUCAUCCUUCUGACUGCCAACACGCUCCUGCUGGUUACCAUACUGGUGAUGGUGGCCGUUCACUUGGAUAAAUCAGCUUGGUCGAUUGCUCCUCCGACAGAUCACCGCGUCUCCCAGCCGCCUCCGUUUCCCCCCAACAACGAAGAGUGGUAUCUCCAUGAAGACACGUUCUACCUGUUCUGGAGCGGCCAGGGCAGCUGUGAGGAAGCAAAGGGCUUCUGUACCCAGAGAGGAGCCCAGCUGCUCACUGUGGAUAGUAGGAAUGAGGCCUGGGUGAAGUCAGUGAUCAGUGGAAGGCAGGUGUGGGUGCAAGGAUUUCCCUCUGCUGGGUCUGGAGAAAUGUGGCACAUAAUCUACAAGGACUUUGACGAUAUGAUCACGCCGGGGUAUGAAGAUCUACAGUGUGACGUCUUCCCCAGCUGCACAACAGCCUCUGGAUGUCACGGCCCUGCCGACUGGAUGUGUCAGAGGGCGUAACAGAAGGGGGGCCUCCGCUUGGCACCUGAAAGUCUGAGAGCAGCCAAUGGGGUUAGAGAAUAAAUAAAUUAACCUGUCGUCACCAA